AUGGCAGACUCCCUCGACGGCAAUUACGUUCUCGAAUCAGACAGUGAUCAUGACGCUGCGGCGACUAUCUCAGGCCCCUCGUCUUCACGCGGCGUCGCAGGGACAAAACGAGCCCGCCGCCCCGACGAUGACCACAGCGACGACGACGACGACAUCACCGCAGCCAAGACGGCAGCAGGUGCCUCCUCCGCCGCCAAGAAGCAGAAGCGCAAGCAGCGUGAAAAGGCUCGCAAGGCCCGCCGAGCAGAACUGCGGAAGGAGGAAGAGGACACGCGGCAGAAUCCAGCUUUGCUCCCACCGGAAUUCCAGGCCGAUUGGUUGCGCAAGGAGUUGAGGGGCGUCAAAGGGUGGAAGGAGUUAAGUGAAAUGGAGAUGGAUGAGGUUGCGGUAGGCAAAAGCAGGCUAGUGGAUUCCACUACUUGGAAAGGAGGGAGGGAGGUGAGCGAUCUCGCAGGCUUCUUGAGGGAUCUACUUCCGGAUCUUGAAUCGCUGGUCAACGAUGCGGGGUCGCCGCUUCGCAGGAUCAAGGGCGCGCCCGCUGUCCUCGUCGUGACGAACAAUGCGCUCAGAGCAGUGGACCUUGCUCGGGGCUUGCGAGGCCUACUCAGUGAGAAUGACCAAGCAUCAUCAGCCGCAGCGGACAAAAAGAGCGUCAAGAAGGGCAAAAAGCCUAAGGUCUCCCGGGACGACGAGGAAGAGACGACGCAAGACAAGAAGCCAUCCACGAGCGCGGCGCCCCUGCAGAUCGCCAAACUCUUCGCACGUCACUUCUCCGUAUCCCAGCAGACCGACUUCCUCUCCGCCAACCACGUAGCCGCAGGAGCAGGUACAGCCCAGCGUCUGGCGACCCUCCUUUCCUGCAGGGCUAUCAAGCUGGACAAUUUGCGUGCCCUCGUCAUCGAUGCUGGCUGGCGAGAUGAGAAGAUGCGCGGCAUGAUGGACGAAGAGGCGGGGCGAGAGGGACUCAAGGAGGCUUGGGACUGUGUGAGGGGGAACGAGGGGGUGAAGGUGUUGCUCUUCUGA